AUGUUUAGUCUAGAUCCACAACCGAGCGUCUGUGUCCUCGCCGCCGCACUACCAGGACCACCGCUCCCAGUACCACUGCUACUGGCUACCUGGUUACAGGCGGGCUCUUGCAUCAUGUACGUCGCUUUGCGCGCGCGGCUGCACAGAAGAUGGUGCGCCACCCAGCAACAGCUGCUCUCCGCGUCUCGGCGUAAAACGUACACUUUAUUCAGACCACAAAACGAACCAAAAAAAGCUCGCUCGCUCCUGCAUUGGGUUCCGGGCUCCAACCCCUUUGCAAUGGGAUUCGCUUUGCCGAUUGAACAUUACUAA